CAGAUGUGUGUGGAGGUUGCUGAUUGGCGGGGGGUGUAUUGGUGGGUGGUGCUCCUGUGGAUAGUGGGUGUGGCCGCAGCAGGUGACCCACCCUGGCCCUGCCCUCAGCGUUGUGAGUGCUUACAUGAGAUUCUUAUGGUCAACUGCUCUUCACGUCACCUGACCUCUGUACCUGAGGGUGUCCAUGGCAACACCAAACGCCUCAGCCUGGCCAACAAUCGCCUGAAGAUGCUUGGACGCCGUCAGUUCUCUGGCCUGGGGCAACUGCGAGAGCUAGACCUGAGUGACAACAUGCUGACAAUGAUUGAGGUGGAAGCCUUCCUUGGGCUUCAGAACCUCCUGACAUUGCGGCUGACCCGGAACCGGCUCAAGAUCAUCCCGGUUGGAGCGUUCUCGGGCCUGUCGGGUCUCCGCCUGCUGGACGUCAGUGAGAACGAACUCCUUGUCUUCUUGGACUUCACAUUCCGUGAGAUGGCCUCUCUGCAGAAGCUGGAAGCCAGCGAGAAUGAUCUGGUGUUCAUCUCCAACCGCGCCUUUAACGGCCUCCUCAACCUCCAGGAGCUCAAUUUGGACAGGUGUAACCUCACCUCCGUCCCAAGCGAGGCUUUAUCACAGCUCACUGGACUGUCACAGCUCAGGUUCUGCCGGGUCGGCUUCACAACGCUUCCAAAUAACUCUUUCAGACGGUUGAGCCGGCUCAGGGAAUUGACCAUAUCCCAUUCUCCUGGGCUGGACUCAGUUGCUGCUAACAGCCUGAUUGGUCUCAACCUCACCUCCCUGACUCUCAGCUACUGCAACCUGAGCUCUGUACCCUAUGCCCCUCUGCAUCACCUGGUCUAUCUGCGCUACCUGGACCUGUCCUAUAACCCCAUCACCUCCGUCCAGUCAAACCUGCUGGGGGACUUACUGCGACUGCAGGAGUUCCACUUAGUGGGUGGGAGUCUGCUUAGGGUGGAGCCCGGUGCUUUCCGUGGCCUUGUCCACUUCCGUCUGCUCAACGUGUCAUCCAAUCAUCUGUCGACCCUGGAGGAGACAGUAUUUCACUCGGUGGGGACCCUUGAGGUUCUCAGGCUGGAUGGAAACCCACUGGCUUGUGACUGCCGGAUGCUGUGGGUGCUGCGCCGCCGUCUGAGACUGGACUUUGAUGGGCAGCCACCCAGCUGUGCCUCACCUGUGCAGGUACAGGGAAGAAGUUUCCAAGACUUUACUGAAGCUGAGCUGCCGGGGCUGUUCACCUGCAGGCAGGCACGUAUCCUGAACCGCAAGCCCCAGGAGGUACGCACAGACGAGGGUCACACAGUCUUGUUUUUCUGCCAAGUGGAUGGAGACCCUAUUCCUUCAGUCAUCUGGGUGAGCCCCCAGCGCACCCUCAUUUCCACUACUGGACGGAUCCGUGUCCUGCCCAAUGGUACCCUCGAGGUACGUUAUGCGCAAGUCCAGGACAGUGGGUACUACCGCUGCUUCGCUUCCAAUGCAGCGGGGAAUGACAGCAUAUCUGUUAGCCUGCGAGUACGUGGCUUUCCUGCUUCCUCAUCCCGAAAUCGCUCCGCCCACUUCUUCCUGGAGGGGUGGAGCCUUGCUUCUACCCAGAUGCCUGUAAAUGGCUCCCAGGGUCCGCAGCCUUUUCCGUUUGACGUGAAAACAUUGGUGAUUGCCGUGACGAUGGGCUUCCUGUCGUUCCUGAGCUCUGUAGCAAUUUGCUUUGUGUUCAUGUUUUUCUGGAGCCAGAGCAAAGGACAGAUCAAACACACUGCCACCAUUGACUUUGUUCCCCGCAGUGCGGGGGCAGCAUCAACUGGAGGAGGAACCAGCAUGGAGACUGGCAGGUUCACCAUGAAGCUCAUAUGAUGUAAAACUGUAGAACAAAACAUACAUCAGGGCUUCACUGCUGGACUCUCAGGGUAUGGGAGAUACACAAAGCUUCAGUGUAAAUGCUUUAAGCCCUGCUAAGGUGGGAAAUAUGGUAUUUAGCUGGGCUUUAAGGGACCAGUAUUGAUAGUGGAAGAGUUACCAUGAAGCCCACCUGAAACUGCAGGGGGAACAAACAGGUUUCACCAGAAAACACUUAAACCUUUGCUUGAGCACUAGCCAGAAUGCAUGAAGCCAAAGUGAGGUGCAUGAAGCUUUGACAAAUAUAGUCAUGAGUUCUACCUGAAGAUUAUGUAUCAGUCUGAGGAGCAAUGAAGAAAGAGCCCAAUCUUCAGUGUAACUGAAGCUUCUGUGGCAGUAUGACCGAGCUGUUUGGACAGGCAUGGUGCUUCAGAAGCACUUGAAGUCCUGUGAAGAUGGAAGUAACACUGGCUAAAGGAUCAGAUGGAGAAUCACAGCAGGAACUUUGGCUGGAGGCAGCUCAGUUAGAAGAUGCUGUGGCAGUGACUGUCUCUGCUUUCCAAGGCCUGCAUGAAAGCAUGAGAUUAUUUGAGACUUUGUCCUCUAUUUAAAUACUUUGAGCUCUUGAAGCAUCAAACAGAAGCCCAAGUUGAUGUUCUUGCUCUGUUACUGUACACAGCAUGAGUGCAUGUUGGGAGAUUUUACACUGAAUUUAUGCUAAAAAUCCUGUGAAGUACAUAUGUAGCAAGGAGAUUGCAUCAUCUUGCAUAUGCAUGCAGAUCAGUUAUGGGAAGCCAGAUUAUUUGAGCAGGAAACACAUUUAAAAUAUGACAUAUAUGCACUCACCAUCAACCACAUUGAUACCACUGGAGCUUGAUUAGUUUUACAAUCGGACAGGGGUGUCCAAUCUGGUCUGUAAAGGGGGCAAUGUGGAUGCAAGUUGUCAUUCCAAACAAGCAGCACACACCUGAUUCCACUUAAUCAGUGAGUCUUAGUCUCAAAAACGCUGAUCCCGCUUUGAUGCAAUGAGAACUUGCAGCCACACUGGCCAUUUGCAGGUAAGACUGGACACCCCUGCCUUUGGAGGUGCUGUACUGUAGUGGUACUGUAAUUUGUAAGAGAUUUAAUUGGCAGAUUCGUACAGGAUAAGGUAUCUGUGUAAUUUCUCCAACUUCCAACAGACAGGGCAGAAUGAAAGUUCACAACCUGGAUGUUCACGUGUUCAAUUACUCAAUAACAAUAACAACACACCGCAUGGCUCUACGUAUUGGUAGGUUUUGUUAUUUCAUUAGUUCCAUUAUGGGAACUCCAACCAAUUAGAGAAGGCCAUUAAUUCCACAGUCAGACUUUUAAAACUACACACUGGAGUUUUGUAGUUUUGUAUAAAAACCACAAAUUUUGUUGGUAAUCACUUAAAUUACAGAACUUCCUAAGAAAAAACUAAACCAGCUCCAAUAGGGCUUUUAUUAGAAACACCUACUUUACAUUCUUUUGCCACUUUUUGGGUCCACCUACACACAGACAGUUCUGGUGAUGAGUGUUUCAGGCACAGCAUUGUUACUGGGGUUUUUAUACAUCAGUGUCACUGUUAGGUUGAGUGUGGUCCACCACCCAAAAAUAUCCAGCCAAGAAUGGCUCUGUGAUCAGAGCAGUGGUCACCAACCCUCCUCCUGG